AUGGCACAAUUCAGUAGACGUGAUAUAACAUAUAGCGCUUUGAACAACGAAUUAACUCCACCACUGGGACUAUCUGCGGAAAACACCAAUGCUGCUCCAACAAUGAUAACCCUGGACCAUGAACAUGACGAUUCGACUAAUGUUAUCAUACACAAAGUACCAAAAACAAAAGGUGGUUGGACACAUAUUGAUGAUCUUGACUCAUUUUUUACAAGAAUGUACAAAUACUAUGUGCGUGGUGGUUUUUAUCCUAUGAUUAUGUCAGAUCUGUUUUACUUGCUCCAAUUUAUAUUUAUUGUGUGGUUUUCAACUUUCUUAGUACAUUGUGUUGAUUAUCCAAAGUUAUUUAGAAAUGAUCCUAAUGUAAACAGGACUGAGAAACUGAGCCUUAAUGAUGUAAUAUACCCUACUUCUGAAUGUGUUACUAGGAUAUCAUGGAAAUGGUGGUGUGUUGUUGCAUUGUGUGCAAUCAUAUGGUUUAUGAGAUUAAUAUUAUCAAUAUACCAUCUUUAUUAUGCUUAUGAUACAAAACUAUUUUAUAAUAGUGCACUGAAAAUAAAUGAGAGUGAUUUAGCAUGGAUAAAUUGGUCUACAGUACAAGAUAGAGUGAGAGAAGCACAGCCUGAACAUCAUAUAUGUGUCCAUAAACAAGAAAUCAACGAAUUAGAUAUAUAUCAUAGAAUACUCAGGUUUAAUAAUUAUAUGGUUGCAAUGGUCAACAAGAACUUACUGCCUUUGCAAAUUCAUGUGCCUUGUGUGGGUGAUUUUCAUUAUUUGUCCAGAGGCCUGAAAUGGAAUUUAGAGUUCCUUUUGUUUUCUAGUCCAUGGAGUCCGUGGGAAAAUUGCUGGCAACUUCGUGAAUGUUACAAGGACCAUUCAAAGCGAAUGAUACUUGCUAGACAAUUGGAGAGGCAAAUAUUACUAUUGGCACUUGUAAACCUUUUGCUUGCACCACUUAUACAAGCUUGGCAAAUUCUGUACUUCUUUUUCAACUAUGCAGAGUUAAUAAAGCGUUCGCCUGCAUCACUGGGGCUACGGACAUGGUCGUUGUACGCACGUGUCACAUUACGGCAUUUCAACGAACUUGAGCACGAGUUACGUGAUCGACUAAACCGUGCCCACAAACCAGCCACGAAAUAUCUAGCCAGCUUCUCCUCGCCCAUCACUACUGUGAUAGCUAAGAAUAUAGUGUUUUUAUCAGCGAGUGUACUUGGUGUGCUUGUGGUACUGUCCGUGUACGACGAGGAUGUGCUUACUGUAGAGCACGUACUUACCAUCAUCACCAUCCUUGGAUGCGUCUUGGCUGGUGCCAGAGCUUUGAUUGGCGAAGAAGAGCGUUUGGGUGGUGGUUGUACGGGACCGGCGCGCGGUGAGGAGUUGUUCGUGCAAGUACUGGGUCAUGUGCAUUAUCUACCCGCGGCUUGGCGUGGCCGGGCUCAUACAAAGGACGUCGCUGCUCACUUUCAACAACUUUUCCAAUUCCGGGCGGUCUAUAUACUGUUCGAGUUGAUGAGCCCCCUUCUGUGUCCACUUGUGUUGCUGUCACUUCGAUAUCGUGCCCUUGACAUCGUGGACUUUUACCGAAAUUUCACCGUCAGCGUUCUUGGAAUUGGAGACGUCUGUUCGUUUGCCCAGCUUGAUAUCCGACGCCACGGCCAUCCCGAUUGGCAGACGGCUGGUAAAUACGGCGACAAACCCACGGGUAGCAACACUCAGUACAAUCAAGGAGAAGGCGGUAAGACCGAGUUGUCUUUGGUUGCGUUUUCAUGCCGUCAUCCUGGCUGGCAACCAACAGAACCAACGCAAAGACAAUUCUUACGGUCGCUCCGCCAAAGUAUGCAUCACGCCAUACCAACCAAUAACGCUUUGGUGAGUGUUAAAUAUACAUAUAUUAAUGAAAAUUAUUUUAUACAAUGUAAAAAGAUAAACACAUUGUUCAUAUACGAAAUUUACAACUAA